CAGACUAAUCACAAUGAUGAAAUGAAGUUCAAAAAUAACAUUAAUUUACAGCUGCAGAUUCGGAUUGUGUUUAUGAUUUACAGAUUGAGUAAUUUCUUGUUGAUGAUGUAUAAUGUGCCCUUGACGUUGUCCGUGAAUGACUUGAUUGGGUUGAAGGUUUCCAAUCGCAACGAUGACAUGAUUUGGAAAUUCAAGAAUUACCAAGAGUUGAAAUUACAAGGGAAACAAUUGUCGGAUUAUUUGAAUGGUGAACAUAUCGUGUUUAAGGAUUUAUUGAUUAGCUUAACCAAUGAUCAGAACCAGCACAUCUUGGCCAAUAAAUUGUCGCAGUUAUGUAAGUAUGGAUUCAUUUGCUUAAUUCAUGGGCUUUAUGAAAUCAAACAGUACCAGCAAGUUACAGAUGUCUAUAAAAUUGUGGACGAGAUUUCCAAGUUUGUUCCUCAAGCGGAUACAAAGCAGGAUUUUGAACAGUUGGAUUUUGUCUUGUUGACCAAUUAUAUCAAGAUUUCUUCUUUGAUUGAUUUCAAGUUGGUUAAGGAACAAAGCUGGUUGAACAAUUUUGACGAAUUGACAGCUAAUUUCAACAAAUUGUUGGUUGAUUCCAAUUCAAUUAACGAGUACGAUUAUUUGAAAUUGGUUGAUUCUUGUUUGAUGAUUAUUAAGUUGGUCUUGUUUAAGCUGGAGAUGACGGAGGACAUUAGUUCCAUUGAGUCUUCUAUUCGCAUAAUUGAUGAAUUAACUACGACCAAGACUACUAAUCUCAUUCAUUCCCAGAUGUUAUUCCAUGUAUUUAUAAUAUUGACAAUUUUUUCGAUAUACAUCAUCAAGAGAAAUGAUUCUGCAACCACAUCCAACCCGGAAUUGAUUUUCUCAUUAAAUCACAGGUUUUCAAUGAUUUUGAAAUUGUUUGAAAAGAUUGAGACAUUGUUGAAGAUGAAGUAUAAUAAUGACAAGUUGGAGUACGAUUUUAUUAAUUUGCAUUUGUACAAUAAUUCCAACCACGGAUUAGAGAAAUCGUUGUAUGUUUUGAAGAUUGGAGAGAUUGUUUUGAACUAUUUGUAUGAUUUGAACAUUAAGGUUGUCGUAUUUAAGAAGUUGGCGGGCAGUUUGGCACAAAUUAGAAAGUUUUUGAUUGAUAAUGAGAGUAGAAUUGAGGGGAGGUAACGACGAGAUGUUAAGUUUUUUAUGAAGGUGGAUUGAGUCUGCCUGUUAUGUUGUACAUUAUUUUGUAUAGAUAUGAUUCUUUUAAUACUAUUUAUUACUUGUAUUUGUUAAAUAUUCUGUUACUACUACUACUACUACACAGGUUUGUAAUACUAAAAACAACUCCGGCUAACGCUCAAGAGUGUUUAUAUUUAUUUCUCCCAUACCAUACAUAAACAUAUCCAAAGGUUGACUGACAGAAUUUUCAAACAACGACAGUGUAGUUGAACUUUCGGACAAGUACUGAUCAACCGAUUGCCCCAUGGUCGUCAUGGGCAAUAACGCACCAAAAUUAUCAAUAAAAUCAUCGUAGUUAAACAUGGGGAACUUUUUGAGCACCUCCUGUUUAACUUCCUGUUUCACCUCCUUGUCGUUUCCAUGAAUGUCAAACCCAAACUUACCCAUUAAUGCCAGCUGCAUCAGUUCAAUAGAGUCAUAAAACCGUUGACUCAUUAUAUUGCGGUCACUAUAAAAUUGAAAUACCUGUUUUGCCGUAUUGAGAUACCCCAUCAGAUUAAUCCGCAGGUAGUCGGGAUCAUCAUAGCUGCCAUUUAGUUCGUAGUAUAACAUUGACAUUCCGAUUAUUAACGCAGCAUUGAAUGUGGCAUGGACUACCCCGUAAGAUUCGACCCUCAUGGGUAAGAAUUGAAUGUAACCAACGUAGUAGUCAACUAGUUGUAUCACCAAGAUUGAUGAUUUGACAGCAGCUUUUCCAAAAUUGCAAAUGGCGAUUUCUUCAAUGGAUUUCAUACGCUUGGAAGCUUUCUUCUUUCCAGCUUUAACUGCUAUUAUAUACAUGAAAAAGGGGCGACAAAGUAAAAUAAUGGCGUAUAAUUGAGAAAGAUGGACAAGCAACAAGGGGAUUUUUGCAUCGCGUAUAGUAUCAAUGCUAUGGUGAGUUCUGCUAUCGGUGUUUUCUACCACUUUAUCAAUUUGGAUACAUGGUGGCAAAUUGACUGACCAUAGUUUUAGCUCAAUUGCCAACUUUUCAGCAAUGAUUCCAUUCAUCUUGUCGCUGUGGCUGUAGCAAUUCUUGAUGAUUUUUCCUGUGAUUCUGUACAACUUUGUUGUCUCAAUCAAGCAAAGAAGUUUUUGCGAUUUGAUUUGGUUUCCAUCACGGUCAAUUUCAAAAAUAUCUUCAUUGUCAAAAUCAUCAUAGUCGUAAUCGUCAAUGUGUAAUGGUCUUCCAUGCAAAAGUGAAACGAUGUAAUCGUUCACAUAUAAACUCUUGAAUAAUUUCCGGCGAUGGCGACGGUA